GCGGCGGCGGUUGUGGGGAUGGAGCUCGAGCCGGGUUCCGCGCCGGAGCUCGGCCAGCGGUCAGCGCCGUCCCCCGGCACACAGGCCACGGCGGUCAGGCUGCGUUUUGAGGCGGAGAGGCGGCUGGUUUGCGCCGAGUAUCCGGGGAUGGUCCGCGACCCGCGGAAGAUGCUGGAGACCCUGGGGGGAGAGGAGGGGGUUUCCCGGACCUACGCUGACCCAUGCCGGAGGCUUGAGCUGCACUUCCGUCCAAAGGAUCCUUACUGCCAUCCAGUGUGUGCCAACCGCUUCCCCUCAACCAGCAUGCUGCUCAGGGUUAAGAGGAGAUGGAGGAAAGUGAGAACUAAAGCAUCUCCUGAGGAAGGGGACAGAGAAGAGGAGGUUAAAUACGAGAUGGAAAUCCUUGGCGUCAUUGGGACCACUUACAAAUUCCAGGGAAUGUCCGAUUUCCAGUUCCUGGUUAUGCACACAGCAACAAGUGGCUCACAGGUGUCCAUGUACAACAAGGUCAUCCUCCACAAGCCCGAACACAAAGAGUUUUUUGACCAGGAUUUGCCGCUUUACAUCCCUCCACCGAUAUUUUCCCGUGUGGAUAACCCUGUGGAUUAUUACUACCGGCCGGAAGUCCAGCACAGGGAUGGUUACCAUCCUCCGAAACUAUCCAACGAGAACUUGAUUGGCUUGGGGCGAGCUCGCCGUCCUCACAAUGCCAUAUUUGUGAAUUUUGAUGAUACAGAGGUGCCAUCCCAACCUCUUGAAGCUGCCGUUCAGAACUGGAGGAAAUUCAACACUCAGGCUGCGGACCGGAGAGCUGAAGAGGAGCUGAAAAGGCAUUUUGAAAUCCGGCCCAUCUGGUCCCGAAAUGCAGUGAAGUCAAAUAUUGACAUUCACCCAGACAAACUGAAGCUGCUCCUGCCUUUUGUGGCCUACUACAUGCUUACAGGUCCCUGGCGAAGUCUCUGGGUCAGGUUUGGGUAUGAUCCAAGAAAAGAUCCCAAAGCAAAGAUUUACCAGGUGUUGGAUUUCAGGCUUCGAUGCAGCACCAAACACGGUUAUAUGCCCUCGGACAUGCCUGUGAAGGCAAAGCGCAGUACGUUUAAUUACAGCCUCCCCAUCACCAUCAGCAAGCCAGCUCCCCAGGUUGUGAGUAUUCAGGAUCUGGCAAAGGCUCCAGCAGUUCUCAGUACCCCACAAAGGAAGAAACUAACUACAUCUGGAUACAAACUCAAAAAGUCUGCCUACAUAUUCCAAGAGCACACUUUGCCACCUUAUCGUCAGAUGUUUUACCAACUGUGUGACCUGGAUGCAGAGAGUUUAAGGAAGAUAAUUCAUCGCAACGAAGGCAAAGAGACGACAUGUACUGAGCGGGAUGGUUGGUGUCUGCCAAAGACCAAUGAUGAGCUCCGGGAUCGGAUGUCUAACAUGAUUAAAGAAAUCUGGCGCAAGAACAAAGCAGCUUCAACUUCGAAGAAGCCAUUGGCCACCCAGGAGAGAGAAGGAUCUGAAUCUGCCGAGGAUGAGGAAGAUGAGGAGGAAGAGUAUCCACCAUCAGAAGGAAGUGAAAAUGAAAUGGAGACUGAAAUUCUUGAUUAUAUGUGAUUUGACUGAUCAUGAGCUGGACUUGCUGACAUGGAGGGAGGGCAGAGUGAUGCUGAUUCUUUUGGACAAUGUUUGAAUUGUCCUUCUUUACUGAAGGAGGCUGGUAUUUCUACAGCCACUGCACAUUACAGCAGUGUGGGAUUCCUGAAGCAGGGCUUGUGUAACCGGUGUGAGAAGGAGCUCCUGCUGGAGUUGGUUAUCGUCUAUUCAGCCAACCAAUCCGCAGCUACUCCCACUUUGCCUUUUGCCUUGACAGCCAGCAGAUGAACAAGACCCUAGCAUUAGGUGCACUAUUGAUUACUGGAGGCGGUAUGCAGGGGCCAUGUGCUGUGAUACAGCACUCUGUAACGUUUCUGUUACAUAUAUGGUGAGGCUGGUGGUUUGUUUGACUCGGUAGUGCAGCAAUUUCAGAUUUUUCCCACAGUAUUGGAUGUUAAAUGGACCCUGUCACCAUGGGUGCGAUGCGGCAGUUCAUGGUGUUUGGGGUGGUGACCAUCACGGGCUGAAACCCUCUAUGAUUCCCCGUGCAUCGAGUUCCUGUCCAAGCCUUUGUGUAAUAGGCCACAGAUACGCCUCAUCCAGUGUCCUGCUGCUAUCCAUGGUGCGGCUUUUACUGUUAGGUAGUCUAAUAUAUCUUGUGUCACUUUUACAGUGAUGGCAGUUACUCUCAAUCAGGGAUCACACCACCUGCCCAAGGGAGGGGCAUCUUCUCAGCCAAAACUAAAUUCAAACCCAAAUCUCAGAGUGGAUGGCGUGGUGAGUUCACCAUCAGAUGAUGCAACCCGUUGCUCUGAGGGGCCCACUUCCGUUAAAGCUCUUUUCAAUUCUAGCCCCAUAAAGGGUGGUAUUUAAACAUGAUUUGCUCUUUAUUAAAUAUAAUUUGUAGUUUGA